AGAUCUGUGAAUCUCACCAUGGAUCUGGGGUACCCUGAUGCAGUCUUGCAGGCCCAAAAUGAGCAUCUCAUGCAGGAAAAUGGUCAGCUGAGGGCCGUGUUAAGUCUGCUCAAAGAAAACGUGGAGCUAAAAUCUAUGAUGCAAAGCUUCAACAAUCACACUCGGGGGGAGUUCACAGUCUCAGGCAUCAAGUCAUCCACCCAGAUGCAAAACACCUUUGACGAGCAAGUGUUCAAGAAAGAUUUGCAGCCAACCAAAUCCAAACAUGAGCCCCGAACAUCAUCUCCCAUCAACUUCAAGUCUUUUCUCCAAAGCUCUGCAUGCAAAGACACAGAUGAGGCAGAAGAGCUUCAAAAGUGCCAAACCGAGAGCCCUCUUUGUGACAAAGGUCUUCAAAAGCUGCUUGGAGAGAUUGCCUUUCAACUAGAUAGGAGAAUUCUGUCCCACAUCUUCCAGGCCUGUGAGAGGUUCUAUGGUUUCUCAGUGCUCAGGAUACCAGAGAAGAUCAUAGAUGUUAGUACACACCCACUGACGGGGAAGGUGGAUAAGGGCUAUCAACUUUAUCUCACUGAGAGGUAUGAAGACCUCAUGGACAAGCUGAGCCAGCUUGGAUACAAACAAGCACUUCACCCUCUUUUCUCUGAAUUCAUUGUCAACACCUUUGGGAUCCUAAAGGACAGGCUUAGUAAAAACAGUCCCCAGUGGGCCGACUACAAUAAUUCGGACUUUGUGAGGAAGGUGAUAGUAACCACUGCCCCUAGCAAACUUCAGAAGGACCUGCUACUUGUGCUUGAUUGUCUCUGCUGCAUGGCAGCAAGUGACAAAAAACCACUGCUUUAUUGGUAGACAUUCCUGCAUCCAACAAAACAGCAAGCUGGAGAACCUUAUACAUCUUGAAGUGAAAAACAACGCUAAUAAAUGACAG